UGUCCUCCUUUGCUUGCGGCAGCAAGAAGCAGUACCCCUACACCCAAAACGCCAGGAUCACAAAAUAUAUUGCAAGAAUCAAGAACAACACGCGGCAAAUCUACCAUCUCGACGUGCACCGAACUGCCGAGCCACCACAACAAGCUUUGCACAUCUCCACAUUAUGCUUGAGUACCAGCAGUACUUCUUCCACUACAUACCCGGCACAAACUUACAGCUCCUCUCAAGCUCCCACGUAGCAUGCACAGCUGCUGCUGAACGGGCCACAUAGUAGAAGUAGAGAGAGAGAGAGAGAGAGAGAGAGAGAGAGAGAGAGAGAGAGGAGCAAAGGGGAAGAGGAAGAAGAAGGCAAGAAAGAGGGAGGGAGGGAGAAGAGAGCUAUGGAGCAGCUGCAGCACCAGCAGGAGCGGGCGCGGGAGGUGUACAGGGAGUGCCUGCGCAACCACGCGGCGAAGCUGGGCACCUACGCCUCCGACGGCUGCUGCGAGUACACCCCCGACGACAGCCAGCCCGCCGCGCUCCUCUGCGCCGCCUGCGGCUGCCACCGCAACUUCCACCGGAAGGCGUUCCUCGACGGCACGGCCUCUCCCGGCGCCGCCAGCCAGCACGCGCCGCUAAUGCUGCCCUCUCCCGGCGCCCCGCCGGGCUACAUGCACCACCACCUGGCAAUGGCCGGCCCCUCUGGGCCUGGGAUCGCCAUGGGCGGCGGCGACGGCGGCGGGUCGCACAGCGGCGGGGGCAGCAGGCGGCGGACGCGGACCAAGUUCACCGACGAGCAGAAGGCGCGGAUGCUGCGGUUCGCGGAGCGGCUGGGGUGGCGGAUGCCCAAGCGCGAGCCCGGCCGCGCGCCCGGGGACGACGAGGUCGCGCGCUUCUGCCGGGAGAUCGGGGUCACCAGGCAGGUCUUCAAGGUCUGGAUGCACAACCACAAGGCCGGUGUCGGCGGCAGCGGGGGCGCCGGCGCCCAGACGUCGUCGUCGACCACGCGUGGCGGCGGAGGUGGAGGUGGAGGCGCGGGGGGCAUGUCGCCGGCGAUGGGUGGCGACGGUGAGGACGACGAGGAGGUGAGAGGCAGCGAGAUGUGCAUGUAGCAGUUCUCUUCUUCCUACGUGUAGUGGGAUGGCAUGGCUAGGCUGGGAUAAUUUAACUCGUUCUUCUUCGUUGAUUUCUUCGGCAUUUUUUGCUUCGAUCGGCCGGUUGAUUCUUGACGUUGAGAUUAAUUGUGUUUAACAGUGAUCGAUCCUAAUGAUGUGUUAUUUUGGUAAUUAA